UCUGGUUCAACAUUUGUUUAUUUUCUUAAAACAGUUGUUUGCUUAGGUAAAUUGUUUUAUCAAUUUAAUUUCUAGAUAGCUUUUAAGUAAGUAAAAUAUGGAGUUGAAAGGAGUCCUUUUAAGCCAGCCUUGGGGAAUGCUUGGCGACCAAGGUUUAGCUGGCCGACUAUACGUCUCUGCACAGGGCUACAACCCGAUCGAUGGUGAAAUCCCGUUUGGUGAAUAUAUAAUAGGAGGAGACAAAUUCUACGAAACUUACAUAGUAACUAAAGAUCAGUACAUAAAUACGUUCUUCAAAAGUUUAACAGCCAAAGAACUCGGAGAAACCGCUUACUGUGAAUUUGGAAACACACUUCCAUUCUCAGUCAAGAUCAUGUCUCAUAAGUUACCCGGUCCACUCCUAUGCUACCCAUCUGAAGAAAAGGGCAAUCUGUUCCACAAUAAAAACGCCAAAAUCUUUCUUACCAGUGGUGUACGACAUGCAAUAGUUGUUGCAAUACAUGAUUUUUCGUUACUGCUAGGCUUUCGAAGCCUAGAGUUUAUAAUUGAAGUUCUUAAAAACGUCCCUGAAUUUAGAAUCUUGAUCGACGGAACAUUGAUUGAUCGAUUUCUUGAAACGAAGGAUAAAAAUGAUUUUCUUAAAGUUUUUAAAAAUCUGCUGGAUAAUCUUCCAUCACAAAUCGAAUACACUGGUAAGUUACUUAACAAUAAAUUACUUAAUUCAGCACCUUCUGGAAUAGGAGAAUUUCAUCCACUGAAGUUAUUUGAGAAAUUGGUUAAUGACAACCCUUCUGACGUCGGUAUAUUUCUGCCUUACUUUCUCAAUGUGGUGAAAGCUUGGGCGUUUAGAGGGGAUGAUCAUUCCCGCAGAAACUCCAUACACGUAUCUUUAUGGAGAAGCACUGGAAUGCUCCAAUAAUGUCGAGAACGCUGCGGCAGCGGCAUUUUGGAGCAGAAGGAAUCUGGACUGUUUUUGUGAUAGUUUGGAUUUACGCUUUUGGACUACCGAAGAGCUUAAUUAUUUGUCAGCUGAAAUUCGUUCAGCCGAACACAACUUAAACGAAUAUUUAACAUCAUCCCCUUUUUAUCGUGUAUACAUUGGGGUUAUUCCUAGGCGUAGUAAACAGUCAAUUCCACGUUUGUCAUCAUUUUCAAUGGUGGUAAUCAUUGAUGGGCUUGGACAGAUCAAUGAUAAUACUAUUGUACCAGGAGCUGCCUUUUUGUUUUUCACAAGGGAGAAAAUUACAUUUUCCGCGACUGAGAGAGUUGUGUUUGUGCAGGUAUCAAUUAAUUUGCUGGUUUAAAUAUUAAAUUCUUAAUAAAUGUAA